GUGAGUCUCCGCAUUGUUUUAACUUUACGGCUGUAGCUAGGUGUUGUACGCAGUAUAUUAAGUGUGUCAUUGCUAGCACUGUACAAAAUGAGUAAGCGCGUGGCUGUUGUUUUAGCAGGCUGCGGUGUUUUGGACGGUAGUGAGAUCCACGAGGUUUCUGCAACGCUGGUUCAUUUAAGUCGUCAAGGAGCGAGUGUCAAAAUAUUUGCGCCCAAUAUCGAUCAGAUGCACGUGGUAGAUCACGUGAAAGGCGCUCCCACAGAGGACAGGAGGAACGUGCUUGUGGAAAGCGCUCGGCUCGCCCGAGGCGACAUCCAAGACUUAUCCGAGCUCAGUGUACAAGAUCUCGAUGCUUUGAUCUUUCCAGGUGGCUUUGGAGUUGCUAAGAACCUGUGUACCUGGGCAGUACAAGGCAAAGACUGCUUGGUCAAUGAGCAGGUGAAAGCAGUGCUACAGGCCUUCCACAGUGAGGAGAAGCCCAUUGGCCUGUGUUGUAUCUCCCCAGUGCUGGCAGCUAAGAUUUUCCCUGGCUGUGAAGUAACAGUUGGCCAUGACAAGGAUGAGAGGUGUCCCGAUGUCCCAGACACUGCCAAGGCCAUCACCGAGUUGGGCUGUAAGCACAUCUGCAAGAAUGUCAGUGAAGCCCAUGUGGAUGAGAAAAAUAAGAUUGUAACUACAUGUGCCUUCAUGUGCAAGGCACCUCUCCAUGAGAUAUUUGAUGGAAUUGGGGUAAUGGUUCAGGAAACUCUCAAAUUAGCCUGAAUGAACUCUAGCACAAUAAACCUCUCAAGGGCAGACAUAUUUCUACUUCAAAAUGUAAAAAAAACAACAACAACUAAAUGGCCAGCUUGUGUUAAAUAAAUGCUUCACUUGAGUCGCACGUUAUUCAAGUCUA